GUGUUCGUAGUGUUGAAUGAGAAACACAUGCAGCGUGAGGGAGUGUGGAGUUACUGAGUUUGUCUGACUGCGGAAUCGUACAGAGAGAGAGAGAGAGAGAGCUGAAGGGAUUAACACUGCAGUUUGCAUGAGAAACCCAAGGAGAAAACUUUACCCGACAACAGAAGACUUGCAUUUUUAAAAAAAAACAUUCGCUGAACUUUUAAGCCACAGAGCCUCGGUACAAGAAGAGACAAAAAUAUUCUAAACCAAGAAAAAGGGAGAAGACUUUUUCCUUUGUUUUGUGUUUGUAUGAUUUACACUGAAGGACAUGACCAGUGCAGUCUUUAGGAGAGGAUCCAGCAAAGAGGGUUUGAAAAACCUCUUGCGGUUGACUGCACAGAGGAGCAUAGAAGAUGAGGAAGAGAUAGCCCGUGAGCGCCGGCGUCGAGCACGUGAAGCACGGCGCUAUGACGAGGAUGACAAUGGAUCCUACGCCAGCAACACAUCUGUGCCAGAGUUUGAGAGCCACCGAACUGCCAAGGAAAACCAGUAUGACUUCAGCUCCAAGUCAACCAAUUCUGCCCUGGAUGAGGACGAAGGCUUCAGUGACUGGACUCAGAGAAGAGAAGAGCGUCGGCAGAAACGCAGGGAGGAGUUGGGAAUGACAGAGGAAGACCAUGUCAAUGAAUCCCCAAUGGGGUGUAGUUUUGCUGUGAGAGAGAGAAGAGAGCAAGAGGAUCAGGAGGAGCUGGGUAUCAGUAAACUGAAAAUGUGGCAGAUGGAGGAGGAGGAAAGAAGGAUGCUCCAGAGGGAGCAAGAGCAGGAGGAAGAAAGCUGUCGGCAGCGAGAGUAUGAAAGGAAGCGAAGGGAGAAAGAGGAGACGGAAAGAGCUCAGAAAGAAGACCGACAAAGAUCGAAGUAUCUGAGAGAAGAGAGAGAACGACUGGACCAGGAGAAAACGGAAAAAGAGAGGUGGAAAACAGAGAUGGAAAAGAGACCAAAAGAAAAUGAGAUCAAGCUGUCCAAUACAGCCAGGUCAUGGACUGAGCAUCAUCGUUACGAAGAGGAAAGUAAUGGUCUGCAGAAUAAAACGACACCAUACCAUGGCUACAGAACAACCAAGACAAUACUGAGCAGGGAUGAUGUGGAAUUUGAAGAGGAUGGAGCUGCAUACAGUGCUCCAAUUGCUUGCCUUGGUGAUUUUCCACGCGAGUUCCCAGAAACCGACGAGGAUGGAGAGCUUGCGCGCCUGGAAGCUGAACAGAAGCUGGAGCAGAUCCGCCGGAGCCUCGAUGAGAAGGAAAUGCAGGAGUAUGAGCGCCUGCGGCAGCGGGGCCACGAUAUGGAGCUUGAGCUGGAGGAGCUGAAGAAGAAGAGGGAAGACCGGCGCAAGGUGCGGGAGGAGGAGGAGCUACGCCGGCAGCAGCAGGAACAGGAGCUGCAAGUCAGGGAGGAGGAGGAGAAAAGAAGAAUGAGAGAAGAGAGAGAGAAGCGAAGGAUGGAGGCAGCGGAGAAACGCCAGAAAGUGCUUAGUAUUUCAGGUAGUGAAAUGGAGGACCCAUUCCUCCCCCUCAGUCCCAGGAGCCCAACCUUUAAGAAAGAGUUUGACGAGGGGAUGACAUCAGAAACAACUUGCUUGAUCAGUGAAAGAACGGAAUCCUUGAACCGCUCACUUAAGAAGAGUAACAGUGUUAAGAAGACCCAGCCCAUAACUAACAUAUCAAAGAUUGAUGAACGAUUGGAGCAGUAUACCAAUGCCAUUGAGAGCACAACAAAGUCACUGCGGCACACGUCAUUGGACAUCCCAAACCUAUCAGAGGAUGUGGCCACCAUGAAGAACCUAUGGGAGACAGGCGAUGCUGCCAGUAGCACAGCUACCAGAGGGACACCGUGUAAGGAUACUGAUGGACUGAAAAUAGGUGUCUGUGACCUCAUCAAUCAGUGGGUUAGCAAGAACCCAGAGUCCAGUGUCAAGUCCAGUCCCUCCAAACCUGCAGAAAUUAAGUCAGGGGAUGUGAGGAGCAAAAAGAAUAUUUGGGAAAACAAGAGUGAUUCCCAUUCUUUCACCAAACUACCAAAUGCUGGAAAGAAUCACCCCUCAGGUGCAAGGUACAAGUUUGUGACGACUGGUCAUGGCAAAUAUGAGAAGGUCCCCAUUACUGAUGAUGAGCAUGGUACCAAUGCAAAUAGUUAAUCAACUGCAGUUGAAAAUUGCCAUAAGAAUAUUGAAGAACUGGAGUCAACAAAUGGACCAAGAGCAGUUGAGCUUAUUAAUUUUAAAUAUUAAUUUUUGUUUACCUAUAAACUUGUUAUUGUCACCUAUAUCAUCAUUGUUAUGUCUUUCACCACUGAUUCUGCAGUAGUUUAGAGAGCAUAUGUAUCUGAAGAAUAGAAACCAUUCACUGAAAGGUUGUGUGGAGAUGCAUAUCUAAGAUGGGGACAAAAUAGCCCUGGUUCAAGGACCACAUCUUAUUCCAUUUCCUCUAUCUUGCUGAUCAUUAGAUAGUCAAGAAGACCCAUUUAUUGCUCCAAUCUCUGCCCUAGACAGUAGAAAUAACACAUGUGCACACACACACACACACACACACACACACACACACACACACACACAGCACACUUUUGUAAGAGAGCCCCUAUGUUGUUGAUUCUUUUCCAACAUUAUAUUUUAAAAAUGUCUGUGGAGUAAAACCUUUUUAUCCUGAAUUUGUGCUGUUGUUAUAAAGUAAUGGAUCUAAGCCAUUGUUGUAUCUCCUUGGAAAUGGCCUCACCAUUGAGCCCAAGUCCAUUUUAAUCUUACGAUGUUAGAUUGUAUACUUUGUAUUGACGCAGUUUGUCUUGGAUGAAUGCUGUACUUGCACCAGCGUGUCCAUAAAAGUUGCUCACUUCCUUUGGUCCUCAGCAUUGUUUGCAAAACCUCAUCUACAAUAGAUAUCAUUUAUCAAAAAUCUGGAAUAUGCUUCAAUCCACAAUCUUUAGAAAACUUGAUUAAUGAAUUUGUUGUUAACACUCUCCCAUUCCCAUUUGAUAUAGUUUUAAACAACUUGAGGAUCUACAUUGCUGUAUACACAGCUGUGAAGCUUUUGCUUGGAAUGAAGUGAGAAUAUUUGAAAUUGGGUGACAAAUUGACUAAUGUAAUUCUAAGAGCGAUCUUGCAAUUACCAGCAUCAGAAGAGCAAUAGUUGACCAGUGCUGAUCAGCACUCCAGAGAUUCCAAAUGGGUUGCUGGUUAUUUAGUAAAUGAAGGAAUAUAUUGUGAUAUGGCAAAUCUGGCAAAUAAAACAUUGCUGACUAUUGUGAUAGAGCAAUAUGUGCAUGUGAUGUGCAAGCAAAAAGAAUUGUUCUAAAUUCCUAAGUCAUUUACCUGGUUCCCUUCCACAUUUCUGAUCAUAUUAAUGAAACUGUCUGCUGUUAAUAAUCACUAUUCUUUCAAUGUUAUAAAAUGUGCUGGGUUUCAAUAAAUAGCAUACUACAAUUAUUACUCAAUUUUGCCACAGCUUUCAUCAGGCAAAUGGUUUUGCUUUUGCAAUAACAUAUAUAUGUUGUGCAAUUUUGUGAAAUUGCUUAAAUUAAACAGCAUUUAAUAACUUUCAGCUCAAUGUGUAAAUAGAACAAAGUUACUGCCACAAUUAGAAUCAAAUUGCUUUAUAUUGGACCUUCUCUCAACUACUGUACCUAGAAACCUAUUCCAUAUAUUUAUUACUCUCUUUAAGAAGAGCCUCCUGAUAUCUGUUAAAUCUGCCUUUCACUAAUUUGAACCUCUACUACAUUGUCUGACCAUGUUCAACUUGAACAGUUGCUCCAGAUUUAACCAAUAUAUUUAGGAUCAAUACAUAUCAAUCUCUUCUGAAGUCUCUUGGUUAUCUUGCCAGUCUGAAUCUUUAAAAAAAAAUCUCCCGCCUUUUCUCAUAUUUCAGUCAGUGUUAGUCCAGAUCUUCCAUUGAAGCUUUUAAAAUUCAUUCCACUCUCAUAGAAGAAUACACAAUGAGUGGUAAAUGUUGAGCCAACCUUCCCAAGUCAUGUUUAACAACUACCAACUUUUUUAUUCCUUUAUAUAGAGCAGCACAAUGAGGCUGCAGGUAUUGCAGCUGUCUCAUAACUCCAGAGAACCAGGUUCAAUUUUGACCUCAGGUGCAACCUCAGUGGAGUUAGCUCAUUCUCCCUGUGACCAUGUGGUAUUCCUCCAGACAUCCUGGUUUCCUCCCACAUCCCAAUUACCCUUUGUGUAGGUGGGCAGUCGGAGAAUCAGUAGAGUGGAAUUGAUAGGAUUGCUCUGAGAGCAGGAUAGACUCUGUGGGCUAAAUGGCCUCCUUCCAUGUCAUAUAGAAAUAUGAUAAAUUUAAGUGCAGUAUGCUGAAGUUUGAAUGACAUACUUAGUACUGUAGAUGGGAGCAGAAAGUUGUGAACGGGCAUUGAUUGAUUGAAUGAGUGUGACAAAUGAAGUUCACUAGGAAAGUGUGAGGUUGUCCAUAUCAGACACAAACGGGAGUGAACAGAGUAUUUUUCUAAAUAGUAAAAGACUCAGAAUUCUGAGGGAGUAGAGAGAGAUAGGGGUUCAAGCACCAAAAUCACAAAAAAACCAUUACGAGAACAUUUUAAAAGCCCGUCGUAAUAUUAAACAUUAUCUCAAGGAGACUGGACUACAAUUGUAAUAUGCUGCUUAAACGCAAUCAUUUCUGGGUCCAGGAAGCCUUGAAGGUUUUAUUGGCUUUGAUGUAUAUUGGAGAGGGUGGGGGUAAAACUCUGGUUCAUUACCUGGUUUAAAUGUGUUAAAUUAUAGGAAAAGGCUUGCAUGCUUUGGAUAUCGAAGAUUAAAGUAUGAUAUAAUUGAGGUGCUUGAGGUUAGGUAGAUGAGAUGAAGAGAACCACUGGGAAAGUCCAGAACCAUGGGUAAUACCCUUAAAUCAAAGCUUGAUGUGCCAGGGAUGAGUAGGAAACUGUUUGCUAUGCACUUAAAAUCAGAACACUCUUCAAAAGCCUAAUGUAACCAAGUCAAGUGGGAAGUGUAAAUUCUAAAAUAGAUUUGGUCAUGAUGUUACGGGACAUGGAGCAAAAACAAGUUAAUGAAGACGAAAUAAAAAUCACCCAUUAUCUAAUCAACCGUUGGAACCUUUUCAAAGGGCUGAGUGGCUUUCCUUUGUUCCUGUCAGUUCUAAAUUAUAGCCAUAGUAUAACUCCACCUCAAUGGAGGAAGGAGUUGUGCACUCUGAGUGCCAACAAUUUGUUCAUGCCAUUUUCAGACCAGAUUUAGGGCACACCCUGAGGGCCUACCAGAAGUCUGAAGCUUGUUCAAAAUCGGCCUGGCCAUCAAGAACAGUGAUACGCUGCAGCCAACUGUGCAGCUUCCGAAGGCAGCUUAUUGGUCACCACUGGGCUGGAGCCACAAAUAACAGUCCCAUUGCCUCCCUGCUCCACAUAAGAUUUUUGCCAUAUCCUUUAGUUAUACCAUCAUGCCACAGACAACAUCAGUGCAUUCAGUAAGGUGGGGACAGGGAAACACUGCUUUGAAAAACACAUUCUGGAGGCUUUGCUUUAACAUUUACUUGCAAUACAUUAUUCUAUUUAAUGUGAAACUGAGCUUGUUUUGUAUACUACUGUCAUGAACAAAAGUAAGAUGUCUGUUUGAGAAGGAAAUUGGAUUUAUUGUAGCUAUUGAUGGUUUUAUUAAAUGUAAUGUUUG